AUGUGUCAUUAUGGGAGUAAUUAUAGGCUUGGGGGGAAAUACAUCCACCUUCUAUCAUUAGAUCCAAUCACCACCUUUAACGCUAUCAUACAUGUUUUGGAUUCUGCUUCACUGCCAAAGAAAAUUGCAUUAAUCAAGGACAUUGGUGGAGAUAUUGAAGCAUUAAUGAUGACUUGCACCAAAAAGGGUGGAAGAAACUUUCCUCCACCGAUUUCGUCGCUAAAUAAGCAUGGACAACCUAGUUUCAUUCUUGUACCAGUAAGAGAAAAUGGAAGGUUACAACUGAACAAAGUGAGAAUAAAGAGACCAGAAACUCUUUAUGCUACGCGAGAAGAUGGACGAUUGAGAUUGUUCCUCAUUCCAGAUCAUUAUGUAGAAAAAAAUACAGAAGAAGAAGAGGAGGAAAAACAAGAGCUAGUUGAUGAUGAUGUAAAAGAAGAAUUUACAGUAGAAUCAAAAAGGGAUGACGAAGAGGAAGACCAGGAGCUUGAUGACGAUGUAGAAGAAGAAUUUAUAGUAGAAUCAAAAAAGCGAUAUAAAGAGGAAGAGGAAGAACCAGAACAAGUUGACCAGGACGUAGAAGAAGAAUUUAUAGUAGAAUCAAAAAAGGGGUAUGAAAAAGAAGAUGGAGUGGUUCAAGAAAGCAAUAGAUAUGAGCAAAAAGGCAUUUGUAUUGAAGAGUUGAAGUUUCCUAACGAGAGGUUUAGGAAGUGUCAUGAAGUUCUGAAUCAUAUUGGUCGUCAUGUUCAUGGUAAUCAUCACCAUCUACGUAUAAAAAAAAAAAAAAAGAGAGGGGAAAUAGAAGAGAAGAAAAUGAAAGGAGUGCUACCGAAGAGAAUAAUUCUAAUGCGGCAUGGGGAGUCGCAGGGGAACCGGGACACGGCGGCGUACACCACCACUCCGGACCACAGCAUUCAGUUAACGGAGCAGGGCAAGCAGCAGGCGCGCGACGCCGGCGUCCGCCUCCGCGGCGUGAUUGACAGCUCCGGCUGCUCCCCGGAUUGGCGGGUGCAGUUCUACGUCUCCCCGUACGCCCGCACGCGAUCGACGCUACGCGAGGUAGGUCGGUGUUUCUCGAAGAAGAGGAUUAUUGGCGUGAGGGAAGAGUCGCGGAUUCGAGAACAGGACUUCGGAAACUUUCAGGUGGAAGAGAGGAUGAAGGUGGUAAAGGAAACCCGCGAGCGGUUCGGGAGGUUCUUCUACCGCUUCCCGGAGGGAGAGUCCGCCGCCGACGUUUUCGAUCGCGUUUCCAGUUUCUUUGAAUCUCUGUGGAGGGACAUAGACAUGAACAGGCUUCGUCACGAUCCUUCCAAUGAUUUGAAUUUCGUAAUUGUUUCUCACGGGCUGACAUCGCGUAUUUUCCUGAUGAAGUGGUUCAAGUGGACGGUUGAACAGUUUGAGCACCUAAACAAUCUUGGGAACUGCGAGUUCCGUAUUAUGCAGCUGGGAAUUGGUGGAGAAUACAGUUUAGCUGUUAAUCAUACAGAGGAAGAAAUGCAGGAAUGGGGACUCUCUCCUGAGAUGAUAGCUGACCAAAAAUGGCGUGCCACCGCGUGCAGGGGUGACUGGAAUGAUCAGUGUCCCUGGUACCUUAGAGAGUUUUUUGAUAAUCUUCCUGACUCUUCUGAUGACGAUGAAGAUGAUGCUGUGGAAAAUGAAGGUGAAACUAAUUCUUCAAGUGAUUGUACAUAG